AUGGUAAAUAGUGCCAUUACGCGAGAAGAGCGUCCUAUUGUUUAUUUCGUGGACCCGACAGAGCAGAAUGCACCACUUCUUGAAUCAGUACAUCGAGGUGAAUUCAUAGCAUUACAUGGAUCACGAGCCUCUGGAAAGUCUACACGGGUGCUCCAACUUCAGGACCAGUUAAAUAAAAAAGGCUUUGUUUGCAUAUACGCAUCUUUUGAACAUGUCAACUUAGAAAAUAGUGUAGACGUUUUCUGGCAAACACUCGGCAUGGCACUUCAGUGUGAUGCACCUAAACUUUUUGGCCCUCUGAAAAACCUAUCAAUUAAAUCUGCAACCGAUUUUCUUAGCACUUUUCAUAGAACCCAAUGGAAGUUUUCGGAUACUGUCAUUCUGAUCGACGAGUUUGACAAAUUAUAUAGAGCGAAUGAUAAUGUUAAAUCCUCAUGUCUAGGAACUCUUCGUGGCAUUAAGGCAACAAAGGGAAAUUAUGCUAUUCGGUCUGUUGUUACCAUAGGAACCUUUAGCAUCCUGUAUCUAAGCUCGAAUAAUUUGACUACGUCACCAUUUAAUGUUAAUGAGCCGUUUCAGAAUCCAAACUUUACUUUGGAACAAGUGCAGUUCCUAUACGAACAGUUUGCGGAAGAGUACAACCUAAUCAUUGACAAGGAGAUUGUCGAGGAUAUAUAUAUACAAACAAACGGACAUGCUGGUCUUGUCUGCUUUUGCGGACGUGCGAUCUUUAGAAAAUUAUAUUCAAAACUAAAAAUAGUAAAUGGAAAAUUGCAUGUUAGUUUUGACAUAUGGGAACACUUUAGCAUGAUGUCGUUGGAUGACGAGAUAAUAGAGUACCAAACAUUUAUAAGGAUGAAGGAUGCCCUUCUAAUAGAUGAUCGUGAUACUAAGAGUGCUGUGAGUCUUUUCCGAUCCGAUUUUCUGGCGAGUUUCGGCCCUAUAUACGUCGCUGAAAAACAAAGGGAUUUGGCUCGGUUCCUUACAGCUGAAGGAGUUCUGAUUCCUGGAAAUGUUUCUGGGACGUUCGAGGUUUCCUCGCCAUUGGUACGCUGGUUGAUCCUUCAGCGAAUAAUUCCCCGCCUGUUUCCGACUUCACCUCAAAUGGAAGUCCCCUACCAUUCUUCUCCACGUACUCUGGACACAUUUAAUGUUUUAAAGCAGACAGUCCGUGUAUUCGACAAAGAAAUUAUAAAGUCACUCCGUUCUUUUAAGGUUGCUCAUGUGCUGGUGAACAAUGCCAAAAAUGAAAGAGUUCCCAGAGAAUCAGUGUAUGAUACAGAGCUUAACCGGAUCAUGACGAAUUGGCUUGGUGGAUUUAUGAUAACGGGACAAUGGCACCUAAAAUAUCGUGCCAGUGGACACAUGAAUAAUAAAUAUGUCGACAUAGUUAUAUCACGACCUGGUCAUCCAACAAUUGCCCUUGAACUUUUAGCUACAGCGACAAAAAAAGAGCUCGAGGAACACUAUGAACGGGCACUCCUAUACGACAAGAAAUUACCUGCAGAUGAAAUGUGGAUUAUUCAUUUCACAUGUGAAGAAAACGCUAUUUUGGAACCUUUCUGGCCCACCAAAUCUCAAUUGCAAAGGGGUCUUCGAGUAGUAUACCUUUGGCAUGACCUCGAAUUUACAAAAAUCCGUAUUAUUGCAUGUUGGUGGGAUGUGGAUAAUAAUAAGAAGCGCGUUACUGACGUUGAGGAAUUUAUG